UCACUGCAACCCCGGCUCUGGCUCAGCAGCACAGUUUAAAGGUUUAGGUUUAGGACAGGACUCCACGUGACCCGCCCCGGUGUUUGAAGCCUGGGAUGUGGACUCACCUGAGACCUGCCGGCGUCUGUUCACAAGAGAAACUUUCAAAGAGGCUCCCGUUUGUUGGGAGCCUGAACUGGGGAUUGUAUGAAAAUGACUCCGCCGUGGACGAGCUGCGUGUUUCUGCUCGCGUGUUGCUGCCGGUCGCUGCACGGAAGCUCCAGCAGCUGCGAAGAAGUGCGGAAAGUUUUUGUACUUCGGGGGAUUGGACCAAAUCAGUUAUUGCCUCCAAAUCCUGUUACAGGUUCAGAUCUUCAGGUGUGUACGUCCAAGAACUUGACGUGCUGCACUAAAAAGAUGGAGGAGAAGUACCAGGUGGCGGCCCGGAGAGACAUCCAGAACCUCCUGCAGACAUCCAGCUCCACCCUCAAAACCAUGAUAUCACGCUACGUGGCUGCUUUUCAAGAGACCUUUGAGGAUCUGCUGAGGCAGGCAGAAAACCACACCCACGCUGUCCUCCUGGUGUCAUAUCAGAACAUGGCCAAUCAGGCUCAGGGCACAGUGAGAGAACUCUUCACCGACUGGGGUCUGUUCCUGCUGGGAUCUGAGCUCAACGUGGUUGAGUUUGUGCAGCGGUUCUUUGAUGCCCUCUUCCCGCUGGUCUACGACCACUUAAUAAACCCCGGCCACAGCGGUUCUUCUCCGGGCUACGCUGAGUGCGUGAGGUCAUUAAGUCAUAACAUCAGACCGUUUGGUGCGGCGCCAGGGUUCCUCGCUGAUCAGAUUGCUCGUUCUGGGGUCUCUGGGAAGCUUCUGCUUCAGGCGCUGCACCUCGGCAUCGAGGUCAUCAAUACCACAGACCACUUACAGCUGAGCCGCGAGUGCAGACGGGCCCUGCUCAAGAUGCACUACUGUCCUCACUGCCAGGGCUUAACUCAGUCCAGGCCCUGCAUGGGUUACUGCCUCAACGUGAUGCGGGGGUGCUUAGCGAGCAUGGCAGAGAUUGACACCCACUGGAGGGAGUUUGUACGCUCGCUGGAGGGCCUGUCCGCCAGAAUGCAUGGAGCUCAAGAUUUGGAGCAAGUGCUUCUGGGAGUUCACACUUUGCUUCAUGAUGCCAUCGGGCACGCUGUGAAAAAUGGACCUCACCUCUCAGCGCAGGUACAGAAACUGUGUGGCCCUCCGAGCAGGAAGCCUGCGAAGUCAGUCAGUGUCCAGUACAGCAACAGCAUCCCGCUCAAAGCUCCAGCCAGAGUCUCAGGAGACUCACUUGCCAUCAUGAGAAAGGACUUUCUUAACAAUCUGCGCUACUAUCGCACAUUCUACGGUGGCUUGGCAGAUGAGCUGUGUACGAGAGAACUCGCAUCUGGUGACGGGCAGCUCUGCUGGAACGGAACCAGCAUUGUAAAAAGCUACACACUCCGUGUGGUUGGUAAUGGAAUCAAAGCGCAGAGUGCCAACCCUGAAGUCAAAGUGAAAGGAGCCGACCCUGUUAUAAAUCAGGUCAUCGACAAACUGAAACACAUCAUUCAGCUGUUGCAAGGGAAGUCCAUACCUAAACUGGGGACACUGGAUCAGAUUGAAACAGGAAGUGGAGACGCGGAGGGACGCUACAGCGGUGACUGUGAUGAUGAGGACGGCUGUGGUGGUUCGGGUGGUGGCGAGGUUAAGAAGAAAGUUUCCAGAGUCUCCAAACUGAGUCCAGAUGUGACCGGUGAUUACAAACAUCAUCAUCAUCAUCAUCAUUAUCAUCAUCCACCUGCCAAGGAUUCAGAAAUGGAUGGCAAAUCUAGCAGCCUCAGACUGAUUGGAGCCAUCUGGGUCCUGGUGCUGCCUUGUUUACAUAUGCUCCUGGCCUUUUAACAGCUGCCUUUCUCAGAAUUAAGCUGUGAGACUUGAUUUCAAGCUUAUUUAUCCCAAAAUGAGAGAACUAGUGGGUGUAACAAGCUAAAAUAUAUGGCGGACGUCCACUUCCACACACUGCUUGACAUAAUAGGGACACUUACGAUCGUGUGGAAAUUACGAGACUGUGGUUUACAGAAGUCAGGAUCUGCUGGCUUUGCCUGUUUUUAUUUUAAGAGUGACUUGCCAUUCAUUUAUACUAACAAUGACUUAUUUAUAUUAGGUGAGGUCAACGCUUGGAUAUUAAAUAGUAUAUAUAUAUAUAUAUAUAUAUAUAUAUAUAUAUAUAUAUAUAUAUAUAUGUGUAUCAGCACAUUCAGUAAAUGAUCUGUAGAUAUGGAAGCAUGAAUUUACUUCUGCAUAGCACACUACGGUACGUGAUUCUUUUAAGGUGUAUCAACGACUCCUUCAGUUGCAAUAUUUAUACAAUUGUCCUGUUACUCUAAUACUGUAAUAAGAAACCAUUCUUUAAAAACACAAAGGUUAUUAAGAGUGUGUGUUUCACCAUAGUGGGAACAAGAAAAAAAACUUAGUAAGCAAUCAUGUAUGUGUUGUAUGUUACAUAUUUUGAUGUAAAAAACAAACAAAAAAACAAAAAAAAAACAGAGAAACAGCAAGAACAAGAAAAACAAUCUUGAUAUCUACUUCUUUUUAAGAAUAAUAGAUCCCUUGUUGUCCACAAUUCUUUUAAUUAGUAUUUUUCAAUUGUAAAUUGACCUGUACUACUGUGGGGAAAAGGGCUGAAAGCAGAAGGUUGGACAGGUGGAGAUUGGGGGCAAGGGAGAGAAUUCAUAGCCCUUUCUUCUUUAGAAAUAGAUUAGUUUCCUCAGGAGUCUAUUAUCAUCUUUCAAACUCAAUCCUCCUCUACCGUCAUAGACCUGGAUGGGGGCUGAUAGCUUCAGGAGCUACUGGUGAGGAAGAAUCCAAUUGCUUCUACCCGCUAUCUAACUGCAUAAUGUUGGUGUGUUGCUGACAGGUUUCUGUGCAGACAAAUGUAAAAUGACUUGUUUCACAUAUACCAUGUGUGUCUGGUCAGUGAGACAGAAAAACACUCAAUAGUACUGAAAAAUUGGUUCUUUGACUCACAAAUGCUACAGUAUUUUCAGUUAGUAUUCAGACCCUCUAUUCUGAGAUAUGUUAAUUCUGUUUCAGGGUGCCAAAAUUGUUUUGAAAUCUACCAUACAUCUGUACUCUGUACCUCCCCAUGUUGAUGUGACAAACUGUAUUUUAGAAGGUUUUUUUAUGGUGGAAAUGCUGAUGUAGUACCUCAAGAGGCAAAAAAAAACUUAAGUUGGUAUAAGCAAAAGUUUGCAGCUUAAAAAAAACAACAUAAAAAGUGUUUGCACAGUUCAGAAACAGGAUUACGUCAAGGCGCAGAUUUUGGUAAGGCUACAAAGAAUUUCUGCUCUAAUGAAAGUUCCCCAAAGCACAGCGGCCUCCAUUAUCCUUGAAUGAAAGACAUUUGGAACUACCAGGACUUCAUAUAUCUGGCUGCCUGGCCAAAUUGGGCAAGAGAAGGGUCCAGAAGAGAUUGGAGGAACUUCCACAGGGACAACCAUCAUCGCUACGCUCUGCUCAUCUGGGCUUCAAGGCAGGCUGGACAGAUGGAGGCCUCUCCAUAGAGACAUUGAAAGUCUGUUUGGACUUUGCAAAAAAAAAAAAAAAAAAAUCCCACAUGGAAUUCCUUUUCUGCUGUAAACAAGAUUCUCUUGUCAAACUAAAGGUUUUUUUUGGCAGAAAUUCUAAACAUCAUGGCAACGAUGUUCUGCUCACCACCUACCCAAUACCAUCCUAUCAUUAAGGACUGGUGGUGGUAUCAUCAUCCUUUGGGGUGUUUUUUUAGCAGGGAGGACUAGUCCGGGAAGUGAGGAAGCUAAACAAAGCAACAAAAUGAACAACCAAAGUCAAAGUUUCAAAAAGUCUAAAAGGUUUAUUUUACUAAAUUAAUAUGACAUUUGGCUGUGUGAUGGGACACACCCACGCAGACAGCUGAAAUAAUAUCAAAGUGGGGUGAUCUAUUCAAGCUGAAGGCUUCAUUUCAACAAAUCCUUUUUGAAAGUGAAAUGUUCCAAAAACUGGAAAAUGUUUACAGAAGUCAUUUAUUUUUCAGCCUCUGAAAAACUUGUAACCUAAAACAAAACUCACUCACACCACAUUAACCUUGACAGAUAUAAGUUUGCAUAUGUUAAAGUCUCUGAAGGUAUUCUCAUUCGGCCAGACAAAGCCCAGACUUUAACCCAGUUAAACCCAGACUCUAACUCGGUUAAAGUCUGGCAAAAUCCGAAAAUGCCUGUCCGCUUCCAAUUCGGCCUGACAGAGCUUGGGUAAAUCUGCAGGGAAGAAUGGCAGAAAAUCCCUUAAUCCAGGUGUGCACAGCUUCAAACCCAUUGAGACUCAGGGCUGUAAUCACUGUCACAAGCUCAACCACCAAGUUCUGAUUUCACAGUCUGAAUACCAAUGUCAUUUCAAUAUUUAAACAUUAGAUUUUUUAUUUUAUUUCUAAAAUUCCUUUUUGAUUUCGCCAGUAUAUAAUACUGACUAUAAUUGAUUAAAUAGAAAUAUGAAUUGAAUGGGGUUUAGCAUAAUAGAGCAUCAUGGAAAAAUGGUAAAUAGUAAUAAAAAAGUCUGAAGCUGUCUAAACGUAAUAUGUUUUCAGAACUGAAAAUCCUCUUUUGAGGCGCUGCAUUUUUUUGAGUCAUCACUGCUCAUUUUUAUCACAUGUGAACACACGCAGAGAACUACGGAAGUAGGCUAAAUUACUAAGACUGCUGCUGAGUAUAUCACUGUAACAGAAACAGUCCCUUAAUGUUUACUGUUUGGGCUCAAGUGUACAGAAAACUGUAUAACAUAAUUCACUUUAACUGUAAGAAGACAUUGCUUAUAAGAUCAACCCCUAAUUUAUGAGGGUUUAUUCAAGUUAAUUUGCACUUAUAUAUGUGGGUAUGACCCAUUAUCAUUUACUUUGUGCCAAAAUUCUGUCUUUAGCUUAAAUUUCUUAAUUGAAAGUUUUAUUCACCAUCUCAAUGGACAAUUCUCAGGAUAUUUUGUUUGAUCAUAGUCUCAAGCCUCAAACUUGAGUUAGCCUUUAAUAUGCUCUGUAAUUGUUUUCAUCAUUAUUCCCCAUUAAUAAAACAGGUUUUGUGCUUGUUUCAAUAUGCAGACAAGGCUGUUUGAGGUCCUUGAUUUAUAUUCAGUGGUAAUCUUGAGGUUUACAGUGUUCACUGUGCUCAUUUCUUACACUGAAUUUGUGUUUUUUGUUUCAGCUGUGAGAUUCCCAAAUAAAGAUUUUCACUGGUUAAAAACCUUAAAAUAAUCGUGUAAUUUCUGAACAAGUCACAGCCUUCAUCAAAAACUGUCAUCUUCAUAGCCAGGGCUAUUGUCGCCUGUGUAAAUGACACCACUAAAGAUUUGUGUUAAGUCUCAGAGGACAGCAGAAAAAAAUAUGUUUUUCUUAUUUUUUAGGUCAAAUAUAAGUUAUGGUUUUG